AUGGUGGAUCUCUUUGCUGACGAGCAUGAGGCAGCCCCCCCCCCGGGAGCUGCUCUUCUGUCCGCUCUGCACGGUUGGGAUCCGUUGUUCCAGUCUCCAAUCGGAUUACAAUCCCGAAGCCAAGUUUCUGUGAGGACACAGGUCGACGGCACGGAGAAAAUCGAUCGAGUCUCUUUUGUUGAGGAGGUUGUAUACGUUGAUCAGCGCACCUCUAAUUCACUGUAG